UCCCUGCUUACAUUCUUGCUGGAUGUUCCUUGCCAUUGCCUCCUCUCCUGAUGACUCGACGAUGCCCUACCCUGCGAGGCAUGCAUCCAUUCUCCCCAUUGCGACAAAGGAUCCACCGAUGGGUCACAAAUAACAUCCACAUGCACUAGUCCUCCGAGGUCUUGCCAUCAGCCAGAGACUAUGAGGAUCUCCGACUCGCCUUGUCUCCCGCCUCCCUUGCCUUCAGCGGGGUUUGCUUCCUCGGAGUCAGCACCACGGGAGGAGUCCUCCCUCCCCUACUCGAGGAAGAUGCCAUGGGCACCUCGUCAAGCAGGGUCGCCAACCGCAGGAGGACCAAGCCAAGAUCGCAGCGCCGUCGCCACGCCCCGGUUGCCCUGAAGAUCACCACACCCUACGUUCAAAACCCUAAACCUAGGCGCCGCCUUCCGAUCGCCUUAGCUAUCGCCUCUCGGUCGCCUCUUAGAGAGAGAACGUGGUGGACCCGCUGCGCCUCUCGGUCGCCUCUAAACGGACGGAGUAGUUGUUAGCUUGCAUGCACCGUGUGCUCCCACGCACCUUGGCCAUUGGGCGCUCCAGCGAAUUGUGUGGUCUCGAAUCAUCAGGGUCCGUGUUCAAUCGGUCUUGUGAACGGCCUAUGGAGCUCCCGGGCGUUGUCGUGGCACUUUUGUCUCCGCUCCCGCCCGACCGCACGCACGAAGGUAGCGAGGAACGUCGUCGACAAGCCAUCAGCACAUCAGUCGGCGAAGCCAAGGCAAACUAUACACGAUCAAGCUAGCUAGCUAGCUCCCGGGGCGGUCGCGCGCUCGCGUCGUCAUAUGGGUUCCGAGCAGAAGCCGCAUGUGGUGUUCGUGCCGUUCCCGGCGCACGGCCACGUCGCGCCGCACACGCAGCUCGCGCGCCUCCUCCACGCCCGCGGCUUCCACGUCACGCUCGUCCACACCGAGCUGCACCACCGCCGCCUCGUGCUCGCCAAGGGCGCCGACGCGUCCGCGGCCGCGGCGCCGUGGCUCGGUGUCGAGGUCAUCCCGGACGGGCUGUCGCUGGAGUCCCCGCCGCGGUCGCUGGAGGCGCACCACGAAGCGCUCGAGCAGAACUGCCUCGAGCCGUUCAAGGAGCUGCUGCGCGCGAUGGCGCGCAGGCCCGGCGCGCCGCCCGUGAGCUGCGUCGUGGUGGACGCGCCCAUGUCGUUCGCCUCCACGGCGGCGCGGGACGUUGGCGUCCCCGACGUGGUGUUCUUCACGGCGUCCGCGGCCGAGCUCAUGGGGUACAUGCAGUUCGAGGAGCUGGUGAAGAGGGGCCUCGUCCCGCUGAAGGGAGCCGGGUACAAGACCGACGGCAGUCUCGACGCGGCCGUCGACUGGGUGCCCGGGAUGAAGGGCAUGCGGCUCAGGGACAUGCCGACCUUCUGCCACACGGCGGACGCCGACAGCGCGCUGAUGCGCAUCCACCUCCACCAGAUGCGCGUCGUUGCCGGAUCCAAGGCCGUCGUCAUCAACACGUUCCACGACAUGGAGAAGGACGUCGUGGACGCGCUCGCUGCCUUCCUCCCGCCCGUCUACACCGUCGGCCCUCUCUCCAGAAUCGUAUCGUCGCUCCCGGCGGGAAGCGACGACCUCUCGAGCUCCACGGACACGCCGAGCCUCUUUCAGGAGGACACGGAGUGCAUGGCGUGGCUGGACGGGAAAGAGGCUCGCUCCGUCGUGUACGUGAGCUACGGGAGCCACGCCGCCGCGGGCGCCGACAAGAUAAAGGAGUUUGCGUCCGGGCUGGCGAGGUGCGGCUCUCCCUACUUGUGGGUUCUGCGAUCCGACCUGGCCGCCGGCGUUGAGGUCGGGGAGAACGGGCUCGUCGUGCCUUGGUGCGCCCAGGAGGCGGUCCUUGCCCACCCAGCCGUGGGGCUUUUUGUUACGCACUGUGGGUGGAACUCCAUCUUGGAGACCGUGAUCGGCGGGGUGCCGGUGCUCGGUUGGCCGAUGAUAUCCGAGCAGACGACAAACUGCCGGCAGGUAAGCACGGCGUGGAACAUCGGAGCGGAGCUGCCGCAGGAGGCGAGGGACGAUGAAAUAGCUGCACUGGUGAGGGAGAUGAUGGUCGGGAGGAAGGGGAUGGAGGCGAGGGAGAAGACGUUGGAGUGGAAGAGGCUGGCUGAAGAUGCUACCAAAGAAGGGGGCUCGUCCUGUGCUAACCUUGAUAGGUUCGUUGAGGAUGUGCUGCUCAAGGGGUUAUGAUUUUUAUUUUAUUUGUUUAUAGUUCAUUCUAUCAAUUCGUUUUGUACCUAUUAAGUGAACUAGCACAAGUCAGUAGAAUGAACUACUGAUGAGUGAUGAACGAGCUUCUAAUAAUCUGCAA